AUGUCUGCUGUGGCAAUGAAAAGCGGUGACAGUCCUGCUAAUGACGAUUGGAAGUCAACUCUAAAGUUACCAGAGAAGGAUAUGCGGAUCAAAACUGCUGAUGUUACUGCGUUAAAAGGAAGUAGCUUUGAAGACUUUUGUCUCAAGAGGGACAUCCUGAAAGGGAUUUAUGAGAAAGGAUGGGAGUUCCCCUCACCUAUCCAGGAGUCAAGUAUACCUAUUGCCCUCACCCACCGAGAUAUCAUGGCAAGGGCUAAAAAUGGAACCGGCAAAACGGGAGCCUACUCAGUGCCUGUAUUGGAAUCUAUUGAUACUUCUCUUAAUAAAAUACAAGCUAUUAUUCUGGUCCCUACACGAGAACUUGCAUUACAAACCAGUCAGAUAUGUAUAGAAUUAGCCAAACACACUGCUAUCAAAGUCAUGCUGGUAAUUGGUGGAACACUCCUAAAAGAUGAUUUAAUACGACUCAGUCAGACGGUUCACAUUUUAAUUGGUACUCCUGGUCGGUUGGUAGAUCUACUCAGCAGAGGUCUUAUUGACAUAACCAAGUGCAAAAUUGUUGUUCUGGAUGAGGCGGAUAAACUGCUUUCUGAAGAACUCAAAGGUGGAGUUGAGGAGAUUCUUAAUGGCGUAGAUAAAAGUCGCCAAGUCCUCGUUUAUUCAGCAACAUAUCCAGUUACAGUUCAGUCGUUCAUGGCUCAACAUCUACGCAAUCCAUAUCAAAUAAAUCUAAUGGAGACACUCACUUUAAAAGGAAUAACAGAAUAUUACGCUUAUGUCCAAGAGAAACAUAAAGUGCAUUGUUUAAAUACUUUGUUUUCCAAGCUUCAGAUCAGCCAGUCCAUAAUAUUUUGUAGUUCGGCUCAACGAGUUGAACUCCUUGCCAAAAAAAUAACCCAGCUGGGAUAUUCCUGUUACUACAUACAUGCUAGGAUGUCACAGCAGGAUCGCAACCGAGUCUUUCACGAUUUCCGAAAUGGUUGUUGCCGUAACCUCGUUUGUACAGAUCUACUAACUCGUGGUAUCGAUAUUCCCACCGUGAAUGUUGUCAUAAAUUUCGACUUCCCUAAAUAUUCUGAAACUUAUUUGCACCGUAUCGGCAGAUCUGGUCGGUUUGGUCAUUUGGGCAUAGCCAUUAAUCUCGUAACAUACGCCGAUCGGUAUGCUUUAAAAACAGUGGAAACUGAACUGGUUACAGAAAUCAAACCUAUCCCCAAGGAGAUUGACAAACGUUUAUACGUGGCUGAGUACCAAAACGAAAAUAAUCUGGAUCCAACAACUAGAGAAGCUUUGUUCAAUGGUCGCGGUUUGCCUCCUGAUAAUAAGGAGGAGGUUCUAAACAAUCAUUAG